CGAUGACAUCACUCCCACAUGGUUCCAUCCCUCACCCAACCAACCGCAACACAACCAAGAACGUCCCUUUCAACGCCGAUAAGUAUACAAAGCCCAGAAGUACCAUUUCCUUUCCAACUUUUUCCUACUCAAUCUUCUCCCCCAUAAUCCUGUGAUAGUCCCAUAUACCAACUUGCAUUCCAACCUCCCCACAAUUCCAAACCUACAUCAAGCUACCAUCCCCAAGAUAAACUCCACAUUAUAAUUUAUACAUACCCACCAUGUCCCGUCAACUUAGCAAGAAGGAAGCCCGCGAGCAACAGGUCGCCGCGGCAGGUCAAGAGCAGAACCAAUAUGCGCGAGAUGUCGAGACGCGCGAGCAGAACGCCAGCGCAAGCGGCUCUGCCGGCCUAAACCUCAACCUCUUCGGCGCCCUCUCGGGAGCCCUAUCGUCCAAAUCCAAAAAGACAACCCACCACAACCCAGACGGCUCCUCCACCUCUGUCGAAGACCGCCAUGACAAAGCGGCAGCAAACGGCAUAGCAGCAGGCCGGGGCACCGCGUUCGCAAAGGCAGACGCAAACCAAGGGGCCAAGCACACGAAGAGCAGGGAGAUCGGGCAGGGACAGUCGCAGGCGAAGAUGGUGGAGGGGAGGAAGGAGGUCGAUCAUUUGGGGAUUGAGGAUGCGUAGAUAUCCUUUGCCUCUAUCUUCAUAUUUUUUUCUCUGGGGGUUCUUGGGAGGGGAGGGAUGGGAGGAUGGUAACUUUAGGGGGAGGUGCUUUGUACGAGUAAUGUAGAUGAAAUGAGAGAGUUCGAACGUUGACAUAGAAAGGUGGUUUGGAUUGUUAUGUUUGAUUUAUGUGUUUAUUGAUUUGUAUUGAUUGAUAGAUUGAGUCGUAUAUCCAGAAGGGAUUCGUCACAUAUGCUACUCCUAUCCACCGUUC